CUCUAGAGGAAGAAGAAUCCCCAGCUCUUACCCCCUCACGCAGACGGUGAAGCGCUCCGUCGUCUUACAUAACCAGCAGCUAACCGCCGUCUUCCUCUGUCGCCGGGGGACAAUGCGGGGAGCGUCCACCGGCAUCGUCUACGGCGGCCUCAAAUACCAGGCGAGAUGCAUCGCCGACGUCAAGGCCGACACCGACCACACCAGUUUCCUCGCCGGAACCCUCAGUCUCAAAGAAGAGAACGAGGUACAUCUGAUCCGGCUGUCGCCGCCGGGAUCGGAGCUCGUCUGCGAGGGGCUCUUCUACCACCCAAACGAGAUCUGGGACCUCAAAUCUUGCCCCUUUAACCCCAGAAUCUUCUCCACGGUGUUUACUUUCGGUGAAACAUAUGGAGCAUCAGUUUGGCAAAUUCCUGAGCUCAAUGGUCAGUCGAAUGCCCCGCAACUAGAACAACUUGUCUCCCUCAAUGAGCAUUCUUUCAAGAUUAAAUGUGUUCUUUGGUGGCCGUCGGGGAAGUAUGAUAAACUAAUUAGCAUUGACGAGGGAAAUCUUUUUCUUUGGAGCAUAGAUGCGUCAAACAAGAUGGCCAAGGUGAUAUCACAAGAAUCUGUUGGCAUGCUUCAUAACCUAUCAGGUGGAGCAUGGGACCCUCAUGAUCGAAAUGCUGUUGCUGGUAUAUGUGACUCAUCACUAGAAUUCUGGGAUCUUCGAACAAUGAAGAAGACUUCUUCAAUUGAGCAAGCACAUGCUAGGGAUGUUGAGUACAAUCCUAAAAAGCAGCAUUUACUUGUCACUGCAGAAGAUGUAUCUGGGAUCCGAUUAUGGGACCUUAGAAGACCUAAGUUUCCUGUGAAAGAACUCCCUGGGCAUGCACAUUGGACGUGGGUCAUCAGACACAAUCCUGAGUACAACGAGCUGAUUUUGAGUGCUGGCACAGAUUCAACUGUCAACUUGUGGUUGGCUCAUCCUCCUGGUGCUGAUGAUUCAAUAUCAGAAAGUCCUGUUGACUCACCAAAGCGACCAAAAGAUUCACUCCUCAACUCGUACACCGACUAUGAAGAUAGUGUAUACGGUCUUGCAUGGAGCACCCGGGAACCUUCAGUAUUUGCAUCAUUGUCAUAUGAUGGCAGGGUGGUAGUCGAAUCGGUGAAGUCGUAUAUUAGAAAGUGAAGGUUGUGAUCUUAUCCAGGCACAUGAAGCUUAUGCUCGAUCAACAGUUCCAUUUCUAUAUUUGGACCUCUUUACAGUUUUUUUUACAACUGGAGUUCCUUAUUUUCCAUCCUGCAAGUCUUAGAUUUGACGGUAUCAGUUCCUUCAUAUAAUAGCAUAAUUGCACUUACAAAUGUUCUCCUUAAUUCAGACAUGACAUCGGUUAGUGCAAUAGCUCGAGGAAUGAUUGUGUUAUAGAGAAUUGGAUGAUUCGGAUUUUCCAUUAGACCAAGGAUUGUUUUGCAAAAAUAAGAGAGAUUUCUGAUCGUAAUGGUAGAUGGAAUGCAUAAAUCUGUUCUUUC